ACAAGCGCACAACACAAUAAAAUAGUUUGAUAAAGCACCAGCUGGGAGCUCCCCGGGACCCCCUUUUCCCUCAGCCCGCUGGGGCGGGGGGCGCCGGGGAGGGCCGGGCGGCGCUGGCCGCUCGCCCGCCCGCCGCGCUCCGUGUGCCCGUGCGGGGACCUCCCGAAGCUAUUUUGAAAGUGACCCCUCGGCCGGAGCGCGGGGAGGGAGCAGCCAGCCGGGCGCAGCUGUCCGGAAUCAUGACUGAAGAUGACGGAUUCCGCGGUGGUGGAGGGUCACGUCAAGUUAAGAGAUGGAAAAAAGUGGAAGAGUAGGUGGCUGGUGCUGCGCAAGCCCUCCCCAGUGGCAGUUUUGCUUCUUUUAGACUGUUUGCUCAUGCUGGUGUACAAGGAUAAAUCUGAGCGAGCAAAAGGGCAUAAGGAGAGGAGCAGCGUGACCUUAGAAGACAUCUGUGGCUUGGAUCCUGGGCUCUCCUAUGAGGGCUUGAAUCACACUCUUGCUAUCAUCUGCCUCUCUCAAGUUGUGAUGCUGGGAUUUGAGAACAAGGAAACAAUGUAUGCGUGGGAUGUACGAAUCCGCUACAGUCUGGGGGAAGUUCAUAGAUUUCAAGUUUUUGUAGCACCUGGCACUAAACUCGAGAGUGGGCCUGCUACCCUGCACUUCUGCAAUGACAUCCUCGUCCUUGCCAAAGAUCUUCCUCCUAGCGUCAUGGGGCAAUGGAAACUCUCAGACCUGCGUCGAUACGGAGCUGUCCCAAAUGGAUUCAUCUUUGAAGGGGGUACCAGGUGCGGCUUCUGGGCCGGUGUUUUUUUCCUUUCUUGUGCUGAAGGGGAGCAGAUCAGCUUUCUGUUUGACUGUAUCGUCCGUGGCAUCUCCCCGACGAAAGGCCCUUUUGGUUUGCGUCCAGUCCUACCAGAUCCAAGUACAAAUCCAGCCUAUUCAGAAGAAAGAUUGGCUCAUGAAGCUUUGCAAUUAGAGAAGCGCUUGAGCUUGCUGUCCCAUACAAGUCGCCAGGGCAGUGGAGGAGAUGAUAGAAGUCUUUCAAGCUCGUCUUCAGAUACCAGCCACUCGGAUGUCAGUGUUGGGAGCAGAUUGACAAUUUGGCCUGAACAGUCUUCAGCCAGCACCUCACAAGAGAGUCAUGGACUGGCAGCUGCAAAGGGCAUUCAUCUUGGGGAAGAAAAGACCCUUCCAGAAGGGGCACGUGGCAUCACUAAACCACCUCCAAAGCCCCUCCGAUCCAGACAGCUACAGGAAAUAGGUCGUCAGAGUUCUUCUGACAGCGGAAUAGCUACUGGUAGUCACUCCUCUUACUCUGGAAGCUUCUCUUCCUAUGCUGGGAGCUUGGACAUUUGCCACAGUGAUGAGUUUGGAUCAUUGCUAAGCCUGCCAUUGAACUUUCCUUCAGAUCAGAAUUUAUGUACUUGUCCUCACAGUGAGCCUCAGAGAGGUGCGGGAUCAGAGUAUCAGAUUCCCAGCUCUCUCAGACAUAUUUAUGACACACCCAGGAGUUUGUUACAGGCAGCUGCUAAAGAUGUGCAACCGAAGAGUGCAGAUUCCAUGCUACCCAAGGACCAGCCCCUGCCACCUCAUGGUGCUAGUGACCCGAAACUGCUACUACCACGCUUAGAAGCCCAGAGGGCACCUGAGCACAGCCAGGACCGAGGGAGGCCUUCAUCCUUACUCCCAGAAAGCAGCAAGGACUCGAGUGAUGAGACACACGUGGAUUUUGUUUCAAGGUGGUCAGAAUCAAAACCACAAGGACAGGUGUCAGACUCCAAAAGUAGUGAGUUGGCACCACCUAGUGGAGUCUCAGCUGACCCCUAUGACACUUGUAGCCCCCACCUUGGGAUGACAAGAGCUCUUUUUUCCGCUUGUCCAAUCUGUGGUGGACUAAAGGGAUCAGCGAUAUUACAGUCUGGAGUCUUACCAGCUAUACCAGGUACUUCUUCUGUCAUGGCAGCUUCUGGGUCUCUGAAACUACAUAAAGGGCACAGUCUCCAAGCUGGUCCUAAAGGUGGUUAUGAGAUGCUAACACUUCCUUCAGAACCUGGCACUCCUACCAGCCCUGAGGAACCUGAAGGGGCAGUAGGUUAUUCAGCUGAUGUCCCUGCGUCAGAUCGACCCCACAGCGAGACAGCCACCUAUGUUAAUAUUCCUGUCAGUCCGACUUCCAAAAAACAACUUCAUUACAUGGAACUGGAACUUCAAGAACCUACCACAAGCAUAAGAGGGAGCGGAUCAUCCCGAUAUGCACAGAUUGACAUCACAGCCACUGAGACGGCCCACAAAGUGGGAACACAGCAUGCGCAGUGCAGGGAGGAACGCUUGCAGGAGCUAGAGCAAAAGAAGAAAGGGGCUCAGCAGUGACCUGCCUAGCAAAGAACUUUUUGCUUAACAUAAGCUGGUACUAAUUUAACUUCCAAAAGAUUCACAUUUAUUGUUAAAAAUACAAAAACUGCCACUGAAUAUUGCAUUUAUACCAGAUUCAUUCCAAUAUAUUGAUUCCUAAUUGGAAAGCUGGUAGCUUGAGGGGUGUGUGUGUGUUCUUUCUUCUUUUCACUCUUUCUUCCUUUUGUUCUUUCUUCCUUUUGUUCUUUUUAAAAUUUGGUUGUAAAUUCCAGAUUUUUUUUCCAUAUACAAUAGAUGUAAGUUACCUUUUUGUGUAAGUCUAAAGUCAUGUAAGAACCUGGAACAAAUUCCAGUGUUUAUGAAAUUGUGGCAUUUUCUUUAAAGAUAAAGAACUUGAAUGUGUGCAGGUAAGGGAAUGUGAGUGUGAGUGUGGUAUGUGUACACAUAAGUUUGCAUGCGUGUAUUUGUAUGUAUGUAAACACACAUUACAGAUAAAAUAUAUGUAUAUAUCUGAGUGUAUAAAUUAUGUAAAACCUUUAUUAAUAUAUUAAUGAAACCUUACAAAAGCAAGAAAACUCAGUGCCUGGAUUUUUUGCAGGCACAGUUUUGUUUAAUUUAUAUGCUCAUUUAUGGACAUGCUUAAAAAUAUCUAUGGGUAAUUCAGUUUUAUACCUCAACAAGAGUUCUGUAGCUUUGGCUAAAAUUGCUCAGCUUUAAAAGCUGUGGUGUCAGGCGCACGUAAAGACAAGGGUGCAUACAGACAAGAACACAUGCACACAAAUAUAAUUUAAUUAUACCAAUAAACUGUAGCAAUUUGAAGAGAUGUUUAGGGUGCUUCUGUUCCUAAAAGCUCUGUUUUAGACAGCACGAGCUUUGCUUUCAUCGCUGCUGAGAACCUGUAAUUCUUAUCAAGUUUUACUGCAUCUGAACAUACAUAUGACUUAUAAAAUGAGGUUUCAGGCUUCUCAUACUGAAAAGCUUAAAAACAAGCUACUCAAAAGAAACAGUCACUUUUGAUUGUGAGUUCUUUAUAUAUCUCCAAAACUAUGCCUAAUGUCCCAGCAUCAAAAUUGAUUCAUCCACCUUGAUGCUAAAACUUUUGACAAAUAAUUCUCUACUGUCCCUAAAUAGCAAAAAAAAAA